AAAACAAGAGCAGUAGUAGUGUGUUUUCUCAUUACAAAAACAAGAGAUCCUCUUCUCCUCGCUGUCCUAAUCGAACAAACCCAUCAAAGAAAAUCACACUUCCCCUCCACUCUGCUUCGCCACUUCCACUUGCUCUCUCUUCAUGCGGUGCCGUUUUGUUUCAACAACAAUAGACAUAGACAUCGACUAACAGAGAACUCAAAGAAAAAGUUAAUAACUUUUUCUUUGUUUGUGUUUUGGCUUUUGAGAAUUUUAGUGCAGGUUCUUCUUGUACCUAUAAUCUCUAGCUAGCCUUUAAACGGGGUCUUCAAAGUGCUGGAAGUUUCACCAUUCAAUGAAGAAUUGACUUGGUGGUGUGUGAACUCAACUAAGUUGAAUAUUUGAGCAUGGAUAAAGUAUCACCAGACUGUCCGUACCCAGGAUGCUUUUUCUGUGUCAUGAAGGAAGGAAAUCCAAGUAAGCGUAGGGCAAGUAUACUGAAAUUUUUCAGAGAGCUUCCUUCACAAGAUGAUGAUGGGCAGGUUCUCCCUAUCAGUGGCCUUUGGAACACUGCUAUGGCACAUCCUAAUGAUCCUGAGUUCAUUGAGUUGGGAAUAUUUGAAUGCAUGGCUGCACUUAUAUGGAAAGGCUUAAAGAAUAGACGGUGGCUUUCUCAUGAUCAGAACAUAUACAUUCCUUACUAUGCUGCUCAUAUUAUUGGAUCCUACACCAUGAACAUGGAAGAAUUUGCUGAAAGUGCUGUCCAUGCUGGUGUGAUUCCUCCCCUGGUUGAGCUUUUGAGAGGGAGGUUGACAUGGGUGGAACAGAGAGUGGCAGUUCGAGCUCUAGGACAUUUGGCCACAUAUGCCAGUACUUUUCCUGCUGUGGCAAGUCAAGGUGAAAUCCUUGAGCUCUCCAUUCAACUUGCAAUGAGUUCAUUAGAGAUAGUUUACUCUCAUUUUUACCAGUAUGUCGAUAGAAGGCUAAGUUAUCACUGUGAUUUGCUUACUCGUGGCAUGGGAGGUGUUGAAAUGGAGUCCAGGAAAGCAGAGGAAUGGGCUAGUCAGUUGCAGUGCUGGUCACUUCAGCUUAUUAAUUGUUUUGCUUUCAAGCCUGAGUUUCUUCCUACCAUAUGCAAGCCUGAAUUCUUAGUAAAAUUGCCAGGCAUGUGGGGUGGACUUGUUAACGAAAAUUCACCUGCUGGUAUUGGUUUAUUAAGAACAAUUUGUCAUCACAAGCUUGGUAGGGGACCGGUUGCUAGCUGUCCUGGUAUAAUUGAGGCGUUGUGCAACAUUGCUCGCUCAUCUGAUGACUGGCAAUAUAUGGCUAUAGAUUGUCUACUAUGGUUGCUUCAAGAUCCAAGUACAUGCCAUAAGGUGAUUGACAAGGCAGUACCUGCCCUGAUUGACCUCUCAGAGAUCUCCACACUGGGUGAUCACAAAAAGCUUGGGGAUUCCAUUGUUAAUGUUCUUCAGGAUUGUAUUCAAUCACAAGGAACGGGUCGUAGUUCUAUCAGCAACCGCACGAAAGAACUUAUUGAGGAACUGUUAACUUCAAAACAAAGAUUGAAAUGGGAAAAGAAUAUGCCAAAAGAAGAUUUACAUAUUAAGCAGGCAGCAGCAUUAGUGGUCAAGCUUGAAGGAAAUUCCCUAUUCUCAUCAGGGAAUAUCUCAGGAGCUGCAUCAAAGUACUCUGAAGCAUUGUCAUUGUGCCCAAUGAGAUCCAAAAAAGAGAGAGUUGUUCUCUACAGUAAUCGAGCUCAGUGUCAUCUGCUAUUACAGCAACCCUUGGCUGCUAUAAGUGAUGCUACACGUGCCCUUUGUCUCCACAACCCUCUGAACCGUCAUGCAAAAAGCCUUUGGAGAAGAGCUCAGGCUUAUGACAUGCUGGGAUUAGCUAAAGAAAGCUUGUUAGAUGCCAUUCUAUUCAUUAAUGAAUGCUCUCAGUCAAAUGAUCCUGAUCUAUGUUUGAGACAAAACAAAGUUCCCGACUAUGCUGAGCGUCUUGUGAAGAAGCAGAUGCGUGCGGCCUGGUUAUUUAGAGAGGCAGCUAUUAAACAUGGGGGUGUCCAUGGUGAGGGUGAUGGCGAAAUCUAUGGCCAGGACAGUGAUGAUUCAGAAUGGGAAACAGCAAGUGAAAGUGACAUAGGAAAUGAUGGAAGAGAUGAAAUGGGCGAUGAUGAUGAUGAUAGUGAAUGGAAGAAUGAGGAUGAGAGGAAAGAUAAAUAUGAUAAGCCAUCAUUAAAAGAUAUAAAGCAUGGGUACAAUCUGCAGCUCGUGGAAGAUGAUUCUUGAGACAGGAGGGAGACAGAUGCAAUGAGUGAAAUGUCUUCAACACCUUUAGCACAUAUAUGAGCUCAGAAUGACUGCUGCAUCUUGCUAUUUCUUCGAGGAGAAGCUUAAUACAAAUGAUUAUGGAUCGUGUCGAGAGAGUAACAACUGUUUCAUAAAUUUUGUUGUUUCAUUAAUAUUUUUUUUUAUUCCCCAAUUCUUCUUUGUUUAUGUCAAAUGUAGAAAAUGGAAGAACGUUUUAUGAGUGUAGAGAACAAUUAUAGCCCAGAGGAUGUGAAGCAUUUGUUUUUCUUUUUCUUUUUGGGUUUUCUGGAGUGAUUUUAAAGAAACUUUUGUGUAUAUAAAAUAAAUCUUGGGUCUUUGAACUGUCAA